GUGGAUGGAGGCGAAAGUUUGAGUAGAAGUAAAUGGACUUCAGACAGACGGGUGUUUUCCGUGACAGUCACACCAGUCAGCGAUGUCAGUAUGUUUAAUCUGUUUUUGACGGUUAAAUGGGAGUGUUUCCAUGAUGGCGGACACCACAGUAGAAGCGUUUCCAUGAUGGCCAAACUGAAAACUUAAGGAACAAAGUUUGAACAAGCAGCUGGAGACUUUUCCCAGACGUUCCCAGUUUUCACCGCAGCACCGCCGCAUCAUGGCCCGCAAUAUUUCGCUUUCGAUAUGGGCAUUUGUAUACAGUUUGUGCUUCGGUAUGUCUGAGUGUUACUUUGCUAUACCACUUAAAAUAUACGCAGGGAAGUACAACGUCUCCUCGUCGGCUCUGAAUGUGACUUCGCUCCGGGGAGUAACGUCUGAUGGAGGCGGCCUCUCCUUGGCCUCUGACCCGACUGGGAAAGUCAACUUUCUGGACAUGGUUAAUAACCUGGAAGGAGACUCUGGAAGAGGCUACUACAUAGAAAUGUCAAUUGGUACCCCUGGUCAACCGAUGAAUAUCCUGGUGGAUACAGGCAGCAGUAACUUUGCAGUGGCUGCAGCGCCACACCCUUUCAUUACUCACUACUUCAACCCUGCACUCUCCAGUACUUAUGUGUCCACUGGCAUAGAUGUGAGUGUCAGGUACACCCAGGGAAACUGGGAAGGUGAAUUGGGAGUUGACCAAAUCUCCAUCCUUAAAGGCCCAAAUGGGACCAUCAGCAUCAACAUAGCAGCCAUCUUGUCAUCAGAGGGCUUCUUCCUUCCUGGGAUCAACUGGCAGGGCAUCCUGGGACUGGCCUACCCGAAACUAGCACGGCCAGACUCCUCGGUGGAGCCCUUCUUCAACUCUAUGGUGAAGCAGCUGGAAAUUCCUGACAUCUUCUCCCUCCAGAUGUGCGGUGCUGGACUGUCUGCCAGCAACACAGCAGACCCCGCGGGUGGAAGUCUUAUCAUGGGGGGUGUUGAGCCAACUCUGUAUCGUGGAUCAGUGUGGUACACCCCUGUUAUAGAGGAGUGGUACUACAAUGUAGAGGUUUUGAAGCUGGAGGUUGGAGACCAAAAUCUAGAUCUGGAUUGCAGAGAGUAUAACAUGGAUAAAGCAAUAGUUGACAGUGGGACGACAAUGCUGCGACUUCCUGUCAAUGUCUUCAAUGCGGUGGUGGAGGCCAUCACACGCAGCUCUCUGAUCCAGGAUUUUUCUUCAGGUUUCUGGGAUGGCACAAAGCUUGCAUGCUGGAUGAAAGGAGAGACCCCUUGGAGGUUUUUUCCUAAAUUGUCCAUUUAUCUAAGGGCCACAAACACCAGCCAGUCCUUCCGCAUCACCAUCCUGCCGCAGCUGUACAUCCAGCCAAUCAAAGAUGUGGACGGCAUGCUAGAUUGCUUUCGUUUUGGAGUGUCUUCAUCUGCUAAUGGUCUGGUUAUCGGGGCCACUGUUAUGGAAGGCUUCUAUGUGGUGUUUGACCGUGCCCAGCGCAGAGUGGGCUUUGCACUCAGCAGCUGUGCAGUGAGUGGUGGGGUGGCUCUGUCAGAGGUCGACGGACCCUUCUCAGCGGCAGACGUCGCAGCUGACUGCUCCAACCGGAUGUUCAAGGAGUCUGUGAUGUGGGUCGUCUCCUAUGCCCUGAUGGCGAUCUGCGCCAUGGUCCUCAUCAUCCUGCUGCUGCUGCUGGUCCUGCCCCUCCGACGCAGACACCGCUCAGGCGAGAUCACAGACGAGUCUUCACUAGUCCGCCAUCGUAUCAAGUGACUGAGAGGAACUAGUUGGAGGAACAGGGUGAAUGGCCAAGGCGACGGCGAGCAGAGCACAUCCACGACAGUGGAGAAAAGGCUGAGGCGUGGCCUACGUCCACCAGUAACACCUGGUUUUGAAUGUCACACAGACUCUACACUGAACACAUCUGCUCAGCCCAUGGAGGUAGAUACAGAGACACCAGCUGCCUCUGAAAGGGAAAAUCCACCCUAAAAUACUUGUGCACUGAUUAAAAACAGCUUUUAGUGAUGUAUAUUACAUUCCUUCUUCCAUUUUCUUCUUCCAGUCAUUCUCACUGGUAUUCAAUCAAUAUAGAGUCAAAGACUUGAACCAUAGAUCAGUGACAUGUGCACUGUUCUCAGUGAGCACCUUGGAAAGUCAUUGAUGUCCUGUAACUUCAGGGUGUGUUGAGCUUCUGUUC